AGCUGUCUCAGUUCACAUCGGUUCAAUCAACCCUUUCUUCCAGAUCACCGUCAGUCCGAGUAUUACUUUUCACUCUAACGCGCACAUUCAAGAUGCAGUGUUUUAUCUGCUUUGCUUACCUAAUGAUCAUAUGCACCGCGCACCCACCGAAAGAUCGAGAAAGUCCCACCCAACAACGACGAUCGCUUUUCCAUGACGUCAUAGAAUCACUUCGUAUAAGAGCACAAUUACCAGAAGAAUUUUCGGAGGAAGAAAAUCAUCUGAAACAAAACUUCGAAAAAUUUAACUACGAAAAUGAUCUGAACCUACCAGAUGACUUUGACUUCCUUCCAAGAAGAAAUGAUAGACUCGAAAUGCCUACAUUAAAAUAUCGUUUUCCAAAAAGCCUAGACAUCAAUGACACAAAAGGCGAAAGUGCAAAAGAAGAAAUUGUUCUAUACAUAAACUCGCCAGAAGAAAGUGAAACUACCACAUUCAAACCGAAAAACACAAAACGCCCAAGGCCGACUAUCAAAAAUAAAAUCAAAACAAAAGAAAGUGAAGAACCAGUGAGUGAACAAAAACCUGUAACAAAUUCGUUGACUGGAUUUAGUCAAAUGGGUAAUCGCGAAUCGCAAACUGUAGUUAAACCCACAGUGAUUGUCAAUUUCAGAGGAACUGUCAGUAAUAGGGAUGGUGACAUACGCUUAGAAAGACGAAAGAAUGUAACAAAGAGUGAAACAGUGCCACAAAAUAUUUUUAACAUAAAUCAAGAGAUUAAACUAGAGAGAUCUGUUCCGGAUUAUGGAAAUAGGGGAGAUGCUAGCGUGACAAAUAAAGUAAAGCAAGAUGUUACAAUACAGACCGAAGCCAGAGCUAACGCUGAAGAAGACAUGAUGAUGUGCGAGUCGAAUUCGUGGAAAAAAAGUGAUAGAAAUGGUAGGCAGUUACUACAAAUUUUGGUAACAGUUUAAAUGAUAUUUAAGAAAGUCAUCUUAUUUAAUUUACAUAAAAAUAUUUUCUAAUCCUAAUUCGUAUUUCUGAUUAAUUCAAGCUUAAAGAAAAAUUUGACUUUAAUUAAACUACUUGAAAAGAUAUCACAUUAUUAAAUGUUAAAAAAACGUUUGUUUGUUAUUGUAUAUUUCUUAAUGUCAUAGAUUAAUGUUAUAUUUGCGUUUAUUAUACAAAUAAAUUUUUUAAACGAUGAAAUAUUAACUGACCUAACUGAUUUUAUCUUACGUUUUAAUUAGUAUUUAUAUAAUAGUGAUUAAUUUAUCUUGAUAUUAUUUUUACCGU